AUGAAUCAGGUUCGGAGAAAAAAAUUAGAUGCUGGAGAUGCCCAGUCUAUUUUUAAUUAUUGUCGAAGAAAGCAAAUUGAUAAUUCCAAUUUCUUCUAUGCAAUUCAAUGUGACGAUGAUUCUCGAAUGGUAAACUUUUUUUGGGUAGAUGCUAGAUCAAAACUAGCUUACCAACACUUUGGUGAUGUCAUAACUUUUGAUACCACAUAUAAAACCAACAAGUAUAGUAUGCCGUUUGCCCCUUUUACCGGGUUAAAUAAUCAUUGUCAAUCAAUUUUAUUUGGUUGUGCUCUAUUACAAGAUGAGUUAGAAAGCUCUUUCACAUGGUUAUUUGAAACUUGGCUUGAUGCAAUGAACGGGAAAAAACCUAUAUCUAUCAUAACUGACCAGGAUUUAGCUAUCAAAGCUGCUUUGGCAAAAGUAUUUCCAGAAAGUCGGCAUCGUCUUUGCUUGUGGCAUAUUAGAAAGAAGUUUCCUGAAAAGUUAGCCCACAUAUACCAUAAAAAAUCUAUUUUCAAACGUGAUCUGAAAAGAGUUAUCCGGGAUUCUCCUAAUGUCCAAAGUUUUGAAGAAGGGUGGAGACGCUUAAUAAUCGAGUAUAAGUUGGAGGAAAAUGAAUGGCUUCAAGGAUUAUACAAGAUUAGAGAAUCAUGGAUACCAAUUUAUAAUAGAAGAACAUUUUUUGCCGGAAUGAAUACUACACAACGAAGUGAGAGUAUUAACUCUUUUUUUUAUUCUUUUGUUGAUGCAACAACUACAUUACAAGAAUUUGUGGUAAAGUAUGAGAAAGCGGUUGAUAGUCGAUUGGAGGUAGAAAGAAGGGAAGAUUAUGAAUCACGACAUAAAUCACGGCAUAAAUCACGCAUUUUGACUAUUGGAUCAAAACUUGAGGAUCAUGCUGCAUUAAUUUAUACAAGAAAUAUUUUCGGUAAGUUUCAAGAUGAGCUUGCAAAGAUCAACAGAUUCACUAAAUUGAAGAUGCUAAGAGAAGGGACGAGAUGUAAGUAUCAAGUUUCUAACAACUUUGUUCCUCAAGAUACAUUCAUGGUUGAUAUAGAUUUAAACUCAAAAAUUGCCAAUUGUGGCUGUCAACUAUUUGAGUCCAUGGGCAUUCUAUGUAGACAUAUACUAGUGAUAUUUCAAUCAAAAGGUGUUCUUCAAAUUCCUGAUCAUUUUAUUUUGCAACGUUGGACUAAGGAUGCUAACAAAGAAAUUAAUUUUAGUGAUACUGAAUAUGAUUUUGAUAAUCAUUCUGAUACACCAAAGAUUUUAAGAAGGGUGCAUACACAACAAGAAACAAAUGUGCUAGUUGAUCUUGCUGAAGAAUCAAUAGACAUAUAUAAGUAUAUUAUUUUGGAAUUAAUGCACAUUCGUGUGUCUGCUCUGAAAAUGAAAGCAUGUUUAUCAAAUGGUGAUGGACUGGAUCCUUUAGAGUCUGGCCAUAGUAAUAUGGAUGAAAUUUUAUCAAUUGAGGAAGGGAGCAAAGCUGCACAAAUGACAAUUGGAGACUCACACAUAUCACAAACAAAAGGGAGGAAAAAAGAUGGAGAUAGAAUAAGUCAAAAUAGUAGAUUGAAGAGUGGACUUGAGAUAUCCCUUAAUAGGUUUUUGGUAAAAAGGAAAGCAUGCCACGAGUGUGGGGAACACGGUCAUAAUAGCAGAACUUGCAAAAAAAAGGAAUAUUGA